CAAAUGUACGACAUAUUACGCGAUGGCGUAUUUUACAUAUCGCCUUUGAACGCAGCACUGUCGAUGGCUGACGUUUGUUUCCCUUUGUUGCCAUGAGUUGAGCAAACUUAAGUCCUGGGAAUGCAGCCGCCGCUUCCAUCCGAGGUGGUCCGAGAGUUGGUGUGCUCCUGUCUGCACAGAGAUCCCGUCGCGGCAGAUCUUCGUUGCAGCCUGUUUGUUGCUGCUGCUCAGAACUACAAGAAGGACUCUUUGCUUCGACCCUUCCCUCCUCGAUACGUACAUGAUGACACUAAAGACUUUGAUGCACUGUUGACAGAUGUGAAUUCCUUCCCUGGUGUGAAAGACUUGGUAAGACUGCGACCAGGAGAGCGAGAGCACCACGUAGCCUUGGCACACUGGAUUCUCUCUUCCAAGAGCUUUGCUGUCAAGACACUACAAAGAGACGAGUAUGGCAAACUUAGUUCCCUGACAGAAAAUGACAGCCUUGCUGCACCUGCGCCAGACUUCCUGUUUGAGCUAGAGUACUGCCAGCAGUUGAAUGCAAGGUUUGACCGGAUGAGAGCAGACCGAGAUGUCUUCUACGCCUUCCAUGGGAGUCGCCUGGAAAACUUUCACUCCAUCAUUCACAACGGGCUGCACUCUCACCUCAACAAGAACUCGGUGUUUGGAGAGGGCACCUACCUCACCAGUGACCUCAGCUUAGCCGUCCUUUACAGUCCCCACAGCAGUGGUUGGCAGGAAAGCCUCCUGGGUCCACUUCUCAGCUGUGUUGCCUUGUGUGAAGUCAUCGAUCACCCAGAUGUUAAGUGUCAGGUGAAGAAAAAAGACUCUGAAAUCCUUGACCGUCAACGUUCACGGGCCAAAAACAGCGAAGGAGGCGACGUGCCACAGAAAUACUUUGUGGUCACAAACAAUCAGCUCUUACGUGUCAAGUACCUGUUGGUUUACUCUCAGAGGAGAUACCUGUCCAGACAUUCCCGCAGUAAUUCCUGGUUCCUGAGACACCACUUUGCCAUCAUGAUGAGUCUCUACCUUCUGCUGCUCAUAUUCAUUGGCACCUUCAACUCCAACGCCUUCAUAUCCUUUUGGAACCGACAAUUCAGAUGACAAGACAAAAAAAACCCCAAAAAACUAACUGACUCGGGUCUUUAUCCACUGUGCCUUCCUGGUCAGACCCCAACUGGAGGCCUCGACUCACUGACUCAUUUCCUACUCGUAGCGAACACAUGACUUCUUCCAACUGUCGUCGCUGUGCAGACACGGGAACUAAAUUGUCAGCAGAUGUAACCGUCUGACUCAGGCCUGGGCAAUUGUUUUGACUCGGGGGGCCACAUUUAUAUAUAAAAUAUAUAUACAAACCUUGUGUCCAUAUGAGUUGGGAAAUUGUGUUUGAUGUAAAUAUA